CACAAUCUGGAUUGUAUGAAAUGUACAACUCAGCUGCUUUUCUAAGUGUUGUAAGAUUCUCAGAACAGUAAGUUAAAGACAGAGCUUCAGAUUUAACUCUUUGUUUUGGUUGCACCCAGACAAGUAUUACAGAAUACUUUAUCAAAAGCCAUCAUAUCCUUUCCCAUGAUUGCUGAAUACUAAAAUAUUUUUAUGCAUAAGCAAAUUUUUCCUUUUACUCAGUUCAUUCACCGGUACUGUUUGUGAUCUCACACUUCACGAUCAUGGAAGUGAUUCUGAUGUCAUAAGCAUGGAACAUUGGUAGCCCAGAAUGAAAGUGGGGGAGGGGAGAAAAUACAAGGAAACCUUCAUCUGACAAUGUCAAAUUUUAGCUAAGUCUCAAAACAAACCUGCGAGAUAAGUGUGUAUCUGCUAUCUUGUGCAGCAAGGAGCCUGGAAUUCAAUCUGCUGGAAUAAGACAAUGGCCUCUACGUCCAGUUGAAAUAAAGGGGAUCUGAGAUUUUCAGUAGCAGUGCCUGUUGGACUGCACAUGAGCUCCUUCUCCUCUGUCUCACAUUGUGAGUGGCAGCUAUAUAGCGCUGUUUAGACCAACCACCAUCAGUUCCUUUGCAAUCGCCCUUGGCCAGAAAUGGAGUCCUUGCAGAGCCCUUUCUAGAAUGUGUUCUCACUUGUGAUGAUAUGACAUUAUAAACCCUUCAUUAACCAUGAUGGCAACACAGACAUUAAGUAUAGACAACUAUCAAGAUGGACAAAUGCAAGUAGUAACCGAGUUAAAAACUGAACAAGACCCAAACUGCUCUGAAACUGAUGCAGAAGGAGUAAGUCCUGCCCCUGUAGAAUCUCAGACACCAAUGGAUGCAGACAAGCAGGCCAUUUACAGGCACCCACUGUUUCCAUUAUUAGCACUAUUAUUUGAAAAAUGUGAACAAUCUACACAGGGCUCAGAAGGCACUACCUCUGCUAGUUUUGAUGUAGAUAUUGAAAAUUUUGUAAGGAAGCAGGAGAAGGAAGGAAAACCCUUUUUUUGUGAAGAUCCAGAAACUGAUAAUUUAAUGGUAAAGGCAAUCCAGGUUCUACGUAUUCAUCUGCUUGAGCUAGAAAAGGUUAAUGAACUCUGCAAGGAUUUCUGUAGUCGUUAUAUUGCCUGUCUGAAAACUAAAAUGAACAGUGAAACUCUACUAAGUGGAGAACCUGGAAGUCCUUAUUCACCUGUACCAUCGCAGCAAAUUCAAAGUGCCAUUGCAGGCACACUGAGUCCCCAAGGGAUUAUGGUGCCUGCAUCAGCAUUGCAGCAGGGAAAUGUAACUAUGGCAACAGUAGCAGGGGGUACAGUGUAUCAGCCAGUCACUGUGGUCACUCCACAAGGUCAAGUAGUGACACAAGCACUGUCACCUGGGACAAUUAGGAUCCAGAAUUCACAGGAUAAUACUGCAAGAGAACUUCCACCACUACCGCUGCAGCUUCAGUUACAGUUAAACCAAGAUCUAAAUAUCUUGCAUCAAGAUGAUGGCUCGUCAAAAAAUAAGAGAGGGGUUCUUCCAAAGCACGCUACUAAUGUGAUGAGAUCUUGGCUCUUUCAGCACAUAGGGCAUCCAUAUCCAACAGAAGAUGAGAAAAAGCAGAUUGCAGCCCAGACAAAUCUGACACUACUGCAGGUUAACAAUUGGUUUAUCAAUGCUAGAAGACGAAUUCUUCAGCCAAUGCUGGAUUCCAGCUGUUCCGAAACUCCAAAAACAAAGAAAAAAACAGCUCAAAACAGACCAGUUCAGAGGUUCUGGCCUGAUUCCAUUGCAUCAGGAGUUGCUCAGCAGCAAUCUAAUGAACUUACAAUGUCAGAUGAGUGGAAGAGCCAGACUUGUUACAUGGGGCCUCCUGACUCUCCACGCUGUUCUCAUUCCUGCAGACCACCCUGCCUUACUGCCCAAGGAGCUGUUGUAACAAUUACAGCUCCGGUCAACAUGAAUGUAGACAGUCUCCAGUCUCUGUCAUCUGAUGGUGCUACUUUGGCUGUUCAGCAAGUUAUGAUGGCAGGACAAAGUGAGGAUGAAUCUGUGGAUAGUGGUGAAGACGAUGGAGCAGACCUCUCAACAACAAACAUCAGUGGGCUUGUUUUGGAUAACAGUGAUUCUCUGCAGUAGGAAGCAAGAGAAUGUGAUAAAAUAUGUAGGAAAAUGAAUGGACUGACUGACUGUUUUUAUAGUUUGCACAGCAAACAUUUUACACAAGUUUUAUUUCUAAUAUGUUUUAUAUGUAGAUAUAGAAGGGUGCACUUUUUUGUAUUUCAUAGUAAGCUUAAAGAGUGUCUUUGCAGGUGCAGCAACUUCUUUCAAAUGUGUUUUUGAAUUUUGAAGAGGGGUUGGGUUUGUUUGGUUUUUUUAAUUACAAAAAAUUGCAUCUAGUAAUAUAAUGACCACAUAAAUGCCCCUUUUGUUCUCUCAUUAGAUUGAAAGUGCUACAAUUUCUAAAGAAUUAUGCAGUUUCAAUUAGACCUGUUGUUUAACACAGCUCUUGGUUGACUAACGAUGUAAAUUCAAAGCAUGUGGCACUUGAUCAUUAAGUUAGACACACAUUUGAAAGAUGCCUCUGCACCUUAAAAACUGCCAGUCUGAGGUGGGCAACAACACACACCCACAAAGAAAAUGGAGAUGUGUGAUUCAGUAGCGAAUGUAUGACAGUUUAAAUAAGUUUAAUUUCCCUCAUAGUCAGUGAGCUUGUUUAUCAUUUGCUAUAAAAACUCCUAUUUUUACCUUGGCGGGAUUAUUGGAUAAAAAAAAUAUUUUUAUAAAUUCAGUAGGAAUUGGAAUGACAACUGUAUUGAGCAUGAGAAAAAAAAAUUUCCAGAAGGGGAAAAUAAAUGUUUAGUAUUCCUAUUUGGAAGGUUCUGAAAAUUUGACCAAAUUUAAUAAACAUGCCUAAUGCUAGUGUUCCAUGGUUCUCUGCUAUCCCAUAGUGGUAUAGUAUAUUUGAUAAUAGCAUAAGAAGGGCCCACAGUUUGAUGGGAUUUUGAUAUUGUCAAACUUUGAUUUAUAUAUGUGUAAACUAAUGCUCAAAUUACAUUUAACUCUGUAUCUAAACUUGUAUCUGAAGAUAUUUGCUAAAUAAGUAUUCAGGUAAGUAAGUACAAUUAUACACAAAAUUUCUAGUAAUCAACAGAGAAACUUAAUAGUUUAUGUUUUUUCAGUCUGAUUUUUAAAAAUGAAAAACUGACUGGCUAGUUUUUCCACCCCAGUUAUAUUAUUGAAUUUGAAAUUUUUUUCCACAUACAAAAAAUAUAAUUUAUGGAUUAUAUAAAGAAUCUUUUCAAAUACAAACAUCACUACCAGAAUUUACAACAGGCUUGUAAAAAAGAAAUCCUUGUGUGUCUUUUAACAAACUCAGAACUAGUGAUGAAAAUAGAUUUUUCUGUGAUAAUGGUUAAUUUCAGUUUAUCCACAGAUCUUGAGUUGUGUAUUGUUAUUUCUGAACACCUGUUAUUGACACUUCAUGCUGAAAAAGUUGGUCUUUCCCCAUUGUUAAGUGCAAGUAACAGUAGACUCAAGAAGUCUUGUAGCAGGACAGUGUGAAGAAAAGGAGGGUGCUACCUUCAAAUCUUAAGCACUGAUUGAGCAAAGCACUUAGUUAUGUGCUUAACUGUAAGCACCUACUUAAAGCCAUUCCUGUUCCACAAAAUAUCCAAGCAUGUGCUUCGAUCCCGUUGACUUCAGUGGGGUUAAACCAUGUACUUUAAAUUAAACACAUGCUUAGGUGCUUUGUUGAACUGGGGCUGUAAAGUCUGCCUUACUGAGCAAUUUAUAGGCAGCAUGAAGAGAGACCUUGACAGGAGAUGCUAAAAAAUUGUUACAUGUACAUAGAAGGCAAAUUUAUUUUUCAGAGGUUACCAUUAAAAAACCUUGUUUUACUGGCACUGGGCUACACUCACCACUAGCAUAAGCAGCUGACUUCGCUACUGUAGCACCUACUUAUGCCUGUGAUGAAUUGAGCCUGUUGACUCAACUGCAGUAAUGAGGUAUUAUUAUGGUUAGAAUUAUUAAAGUAUUUGUUUUAAUCUAUCUUCUCUGUUUUUGCCUCUAAUACCCUUUCCAUAUGUACUGAGCAAUUUAAAGAAAAUACUAAGAGUGUAUAAUGAAAGAUUGAAUUAUGAAAACUGGUAUAAUGUAAUUGAUUUAAGGCAUACCGACAAGUCCAAUUUGACCCAAAAAUUAAAAGGGCACAGUCAACUUUAAAAAUCAAACUUCUGUAUGAAAACAUUUUGCCUGCUAUUGUUACAAGCAAUACCUAAGAUGAAUAUAACUGACAGAGAUUGGAAGCAAAAAUAUUUUUCUCUAUCUUUUCAAUUUGUUUACUGUUUGCUUCUGCCAGCACUUUAUUUUCAGUGUUUCCAUGCUAGAGCCAUUUUUUCCUAUUGUACCAUGUAUGUUUUUCAUACAACAGAAGGUGAGAGGAAAAAUAUUUUCAGCCAACUUUGUUCAUGUUUAGUAGCAGUUGAAGCCACAGAGCUGUAAAUACUUACAUAUGUGAGUAGAAUAAUGUAUUGCUCAGUACGAGCAAAGCUGGCAGAACUGAGUCCUCAGAAAAUAGGAAAAUGUGAUUUUUUGGCAGGGGGACUUAGGGUGGGUGUAGUACCUGAAACUUUUAACUCAGUUGAAAAUAAGUAGAUUUCAAGUUGACAAUGUCCCUUUUGAUUUUAUGAAAGCAAGCUCGUACAAAUCAUUACAUCAAUUAAAAGUGUUUCCUUGGAUUUUUUCCUUAGUUCUAGCGGAAAUAUAUAUAUUUAUAUUCAGUAGAAUAAGAAAGCGUUCUUGCUGGUGGUUGCAGUGUUUAUCCAAUGCAUAAGUACCUGGAAUGUGAAAUUGACUGGAAAGUUACUAGUGACAAAAGAAAAUGGAGUAAACCAUUUUUAUGUCAGUCUCAAGAAAACUGCAAAAAGUAAACUAUAUUUAUAAAAUUACUUCAGUUUUAAUAAUCAAAGGUACUAUUUAACAAACUAUGGGGCCCAAAUUUUUUCAAGGACUGACAUCUAACAACUAAAACUGCAACAUUUAAAAAGAAAUCAUGGAAACUGUGCAAAAUUAAAACAGAUGCACUUGAUUAUAAUUAAGUUAAUUUAAGUUACUAAUGAUUCAAUUUUUGGUACCAAACCUGCUUGGGAGCAAUUAAUGAAUAAUUAUUCAGUCUAUGCAAGAUUAAAUUACCCCUCCGCCCAUAACUGUGGGAUUUAUAGGUACGCUAUUGUUGUAUUUUUGGUCUUCUUUUAUUUUUGAUAAUCAUUCAGACAAAACAUUCACCAAAAAUUCAGCUGGGUUUAAAGUUGACUAGGCAAAAUAUAAUUCGGAAAGCAUGUUGGAAAUAUAAGUAACCUUCAUUCCCUUGUGAAAAUCUAAGAUGUUAACACUAGUGAAACAUAUUUCUAUUUCUAAACAAUUUCCGCCUCUGCCAUAGUAAAUAUAAUGCAUUCAGACUGUAAUCAUCUCCCCCAAAAAGUAAAGCUAGCCAAGAAAAAUCAAUGAGAAUGCAAGUUUAACUGUAGUAUUCAAAUGAACAAAGUAAAACCUAAACAGGUAUUACUUCUGAAUUGUUAAAUGUAUUGCUGAAGAGUACUCCUGGAAACAUUUAGGACUUGACUGAACUUUGUUGUUGUUUCAUUGUAGAUUGAAUAGCUAGAUUGGCUUUGCCAAACCAAUUUGAUUUUCUAGGCUUGCUAAACUCUUUCAAGUAUUUUAUUUUUCACAUUAUAAAAUAAUUUUACUUAAUUAUCCAACAUGAAAUCGAAUGAAAGAUGGCGCAAGUAUGCUGUUAAAAGAUCACUCUAACCAUGUCAUUUGGUUACCUGUGCAACGUGGAAAUAUAAAUGUUGUUCUGCUCUGUAGUUCUGUAGGAUCUACUGAAUAAUCACACUUUUUUUUUUGGACUGUGUGAGAGAGCGUGCCUUUUUACAAACUUACUAACCUUGUAGUCUACUGUCAAAAUAUUUACCUAAUGUUAUUAGAUACCCAUGUUUUCAGAUAGUGACAGAAAUGACCCUCAAUCUUCCACUGUUUUAGCAACAUUUGUUCUAUAAAACUGACAAUCUUUAAAAUGUGAACACUGUAAAUUUAGCUUUUCUUGGACAGUUGUCUUUAAAGAGAUAUUGUGAAGCAACUGAUCUAUCAAAGCAAAGAAAAAUUAAAAAUCAGAACAUG